AUGGGAUUCGAAGGUGGCGAGAACCACGUCGUCUCCUAUCAGCACAACUUGCCUGGAUUCGAUGAGGAUAUCGAUGAGCAAGUGUAUUAUGUUGACGGCAAGCAGUACCGGGCCACAGGUGCUGAUUUUACCUUCUCACUCAACAUCAACGAAGGCGUCAUCAUAGCAAUGAGCCGUACAAGCCCCAAGGAAAUAGGCAAGGGAAAGGACCCACCAAUUACCGGUGACGGGCUGCCACGCCUUAAUCAGUUCUCAGACGUGGCGUGGCUGGAGUGGCAACAUUUGAUGAACCAGAACAAUGGCGAUGUCAGAAAUAUGCGUUACUUCGUGUCUGUGUUGGUUGUCAACCGAGAGACUCAGGCAGUGGUGGCGAGAGCAUUGCGCACUCGAGGUAAAAAUCUAGACGAUUUUCCAGGGCAGACGUUCGAACGGGGGACAGACGAAAUGAACGCAAUCAUGGGCACGCCGAACAUGCAAGGCUUCGCAUAUAUGCUGGUUCAGCACAAAGCGCAGCUGGGCAACAUGUACAUCAAGAAGAUCCAAGUCUUCAAGUGCGUGACGAUGCGCGAGCCUCCUUGUAUCAUCGCGCAUGUAUCCAAGCCAGACGUCUGGGUUGACCCCGGGGGCGGCGAAGUCGUCAGACGCGACGGAGGCCAUAACGUAGCGCGUAUGCACAGGAUCUUCGCGAAGCUUUGA